AUGCCACGGAUCCAAUGGAUCAAACUUGGACUUGCCCCCGAUCAGAAAGACAAGUCUGGCACUCGUCUGUCGUCGGCUUACAAUGACUCCCGUGAGAACCCUGUUCCCUAUCAUUCGUCCCCCGAACAAGUUGCGACAGACUACCUUCGGCAUUUACGCGAGCACAUAGUCGACAUCCUGAAGACACAAAUCUCGAGCCUUCUGGACGUUAAAAAUCUACAAUUUGUUCUGACAGUUCCCGCGAUAUGGCCCGAAAAAGCCAAAGUCGCGACACUUCAUUGCGCACAAGAGGCAGGAUACGGCCAGGCUUCAGAGAUCCGCAUAAUAUCAGAGCCUGAAGCGGCUGCAGUACAUGCACUACGCAAUUCGAACCCGCAUGGGUUGGAAGUCGAUGACAUAGCUGUACUGUUAGACGCGGGAGGAGGUGCUUGUGACCUGAUUACUUUCUGCAUUUGUGAACUCCAUCCCACUCUGCGCCUCAAAGAAGCAGCGCCCGGAAAUGGUUCUCUUUGCGGCAGUACUUCUCUGAACCGGCGCUUUGAGAAGUUUCUGGAAGAACAUCUAUCUCUUGUACCCGGAUGGGAACGCGUUGAGGAGGCAAUGCAAAGAUUUGAAUUUGUUGCUAAGCGGACCUUCACUGGAAAUGCCAAUGAUGAUAUCAUGAUCCCUGUUCCUGGAAUCUCUGACGACGAGAAUAUUGAAGUUAGUCGGGGCCGGCUUCGAGUGACCGGGGAUAACAUAGCACAGAUAUUCUUGCCCGUUCUUGAAGAAGUUCAUAACCUCGUGAAAGACCAGAUCCAUACUUCCAAAAAGCAAGUCAAGGCAAUUAUUCUGGUCGGUGGCUUUGGACAAAGUCCUUAUCUGCGCAAAUAUCUCCGUGACUCGUUCUCACCAGACAUCGAAGUUUUGACCCCUGCCGACGGUUGGACAGCAGUCGUUAGGGGGGCUUUGAGAAAGACUUUGCGGGGCUGUUCUGCCUCUGCUGCUCAGACACACAUUGAGUCACGCAUGGCUAGAAAGAAUUACGGCCUGAUAUGCUCAGUCGUGUAUGAUCCAAGCUUGCAUGACCAACAAAAAGCGUACUGGUCUGAGUUUUAUGGGCAUUAUCGUAUCGAUGUUAUGUCAUGGUUCACCAAAAAGGGGCAUCGUGUAACAGAAACAGAGCCGAAUGUGACUAAGUGGUUACAGCAGCAAUUGGUUCAUGAUAGUCCUUUCGAUGAGAUAAAGACCAGGAUGUAUGAGCUGGACGAUGCCACAGCACCUUUGUAUUUCAAUCGUCGUAAGUACGCCAAACUUGUUAAGACCAUGCCAUUUACUAUUACCAUGCUCGGGCUAGACAUUAAGGAACAUGCUGUUUUGGAACCCAAGCUUCAUCGAAUCCAGAGAAGCCGAAUGCCUACCCGUUGGGGUGCGGAUGGCCAAAAAUACUACCAAAUUUCGUUUGAAAUUCAUGCAUUUUACUACUGUGCACACUGCAAGUAUGAGAUUUGGUAUGAGGGCAAGAAUCAUGGCAGCGUGAAGGUAGAAUACGUUUGA